CAAACAUCAAAGUCCAGUUGCCACCAAAGGAGGUGUCGUGGGUUCACAUGCAGGAAUGGUGGCUACUGCUCUGUGGAUCCCAGUUCUGGACUACCUCGCUGUAACUGUCCUCUUGGAACCCGGGGGAAAAGGUGUGGAAAAGAUGUGGAGAUCCGUUAUCCUAAGUUUAAAGGAGACGGGUAUUUGACCUUUCCUGUUCUACGUAAUGCCUACAAGGGGUUCACUAUUACUAUCCAGUUUAAACCGGACGACACUGAUGGCCUCCUGCUGUUCUCAUCAGAGAAGGAGGAUGCAUCUGGGGACUUUUUCUCCAUUGCUUUGAUAAAUGGUCACAUCAAUUUCAGGUUUGACUGUGGCACAGGUAUGGCUGUCUUCAACAGUGUUAGCAAUGUCACCCUUGGAGAGUGGAAUUAUGUUUGGGCUCAGAGAGUGGAUAACCAUGGAUGGUUGAAAUUAAAUGAAGAGAUGCCAAUAGAAGGAGCAGGGCAGGGUAACUACACUCGCAUUACCCUAAGAGAGGACCUGUAUUUAGGGGGGUAUAAGGAGAUGCAGAAGGUGUCAGGCCGUGUGGGUACCCAUCAUCCAUUUACUGGCUGUGUUGAGGAAUUGUGGGUGAACAGCUACAAAUAUGACAUGAGACGUGCUGGAAAGGUUGGGGAUGCAAUUCAUGGUCUGAAUAUUGAUGAAUGCAGUAUUAACGUGUGUGGCGAGAUUCAGUGUGAAAAUGGAGGGCAGUGUAUGGCUAGGUCAGCUGACAAGCACGUCUGCCUCUGUCCCAUGGGGACAGCGGGUACACUCUGCCAAUCCAGGGUUGAUGUCCACAUUCCUUCCUUUGAUGGACACUCUUACAUUCAGUAUGAAGGGUUACACAGGACCACGUUGACCUACACUGAGAUAGAAAUCAUUCUAAAGCCGAAAUAUCUCAAUGGUCUCAUACUGUACAAUGGGUACACAACAGAUCGUAAGGGUGACUUCAUUGCUCUGUUGAUGCGAGAAGGCCAUGUGGAAUUCUCCUUUGACCUAGGAACAGGACCAGCUGUACUGCGGAGUCAUGAACCAGUGAGCUUGAACGAAUGGCAUGUUGUCAAAGUGUACCGAACCGGGAUGGAUGGAGUGCUUGAGGUGGAUGACCAGGAAAAGGUGGAAGCUCUGUCAAAAGGGGCUUACACACAACUUACUCUUCUUCUAGAGCUCUUUGUGGGUGGCCACAAAAAUUUUGACCAUUUGUCAAAACAUGUGAACAUUUCUGAUGGUUUUAGGGGUUGUAUACAAAAGGUUGUCAUUAACGGGAAACCAUUGAAGCUAACAGAAGAGGCUCAAGAUGGUGUGAACAUUGACAAUUGUCAGCAUCCAUGUGUUGGCCAACCUUGCAUGAAUGGAGGGCUGUGUGAGCCUAUCCAGGACCUCUACAGCUGCAACUGUCCCCUUGGCUACACCAAUACCAACUGUGAAGAAAUCGUGGGAAAACAGAUCACUGUGCCAAAGUUUCAAAGAUCAAGCUACCUCAAAUUUGUCAACCCUAAUAUCAUUAAGCGAGUGGCUGGUAAAAAGAUAGACAUACAGAUGCACAUUCAGACAUCAGACCAGAAUGGACUCUUGUUUUGGAGUGGACAGGAACCUGCCACACCCAGUAGUGACUUCCUUGCACUAGGUUUUAAUGAAGGCGUCUUACAGUUCCGAUUCAAUCUGGGCAGCGGUGAGGCAGUGAUACAACACAACACCAGUCAACUGACGGACGGAAAUGUUCAUGUCAUACAUGCUCGGAGGGUUGGACAAGAUGCUUACCUUAGCAUUGAUGGUACAGAAAUUUAUGAGGGGUCCUCACCUGGAAAGUACAAGUACUUGAACACAAACAGUGAACUUUAUAUAGGUGGCAUGCAAGAUGUUGCCCAUCGAACUCGUCGGCGAUUUACCACUGGAUUUACCGGAUGUAUUUACAAGCUUAUUUUGGCAACAGACUAUGAAGUCAAUCUGAUUGGUCAGACAGACAGUGGGAGUAAUGUAUCCCAGUGUGGUUGAAAUUUUGUCUGUUAAAAUCAUGUUUUCUGCUCGCAGUCUUGUCAUACGUAGGCAAAUCUACAUGCAUCUACAACUACUGCACAAAGGGGCAAUAACUCUGAAUAUCUCUUACAGCUGACAAUGUUUCUGUUUGAAAAAAGGCAAGCUGUAUCUUACAAGGGAAAUAACUCUGUUAUACGAGAACAACUCUGUCCUUUGAAUUUUCGUUAUUAAAUGCGUCAUCCCAUUUUUGAGUCACUGUCAAGAUUGUUACCAGAUUGUCUGUUGACAUUGUCACUGUUGAUACAACUAAACUUACAUGUACACAAGAACUUAUUAAGUCCAGCAUGCUGUUGUAAAGAUAUACAUAGACUAUUUUCUACACUGUUGGAAUUUUUACCCCUUGUUGUUUUUUCCCAAGAUCUCAACUUUGAUGAAGUCAUAUGCUGAUUAGUGGUUUAGAUUGCUGUGAAGACUGUACUUCUACUGCAUUGUUGCACUGGACACUAUGAUAAUCUCAUUAGAAUGUACAUAAAGAGAGAUACAGUUAGCUUCAGCUUUCAACCAAUUUAAUAUGGUCUUCAAUACAC